UGGUAACAACCCAUAGAGUAAUACUAUACUAUAUUACUCUAUGUAACAACCACGGUUAUCAUUUUUCGGACAAGUGCUUAUCACUCGCAUGGUCUACAAGAAUUAUCACUUGACGCUUAUCAGAAUUAAGACUUAAGUUUUGAAAUUAAGAUGUUUUAACUACACUACUACAGUUUUUUUGUGGAAAUAUCAAAUUAACUGCCUUAUAAAAAGUAAAAAUAUGACUUUGAGAAAUUUAUUCACGUCUUUUUACCGACUUCCAAAUGGUUAUAAACAUAAAUGUAAAAGUUUAAAUAACAUCACUGUUUAUAGUUUUUCCAGCCAAUCACAUGACCGAGAAAUUACUAAAGAAUUGAGUAACAAGUUUUUUGCUGAACCUGUACAAAAUUUAUUGUUUAAACUUACUCAUGUUGAUGUACAGAAAGCAUUUAGAAAGCGUUUUACCGGACAAAAUCCUGACACUCCAAUUUAUAAAUUUAUGACCACUGCAGAAGUUGAAAAAAUGCAAGCUGAAGUUAAAAUUAAAGCCAAAGAAAAAGUUCAGAUGCCACCAAUAGUACCAUUACGUAAUGAUUUGGGACAAGUAUUGGAAGUUAACAAGGAUAUUAUUGGUUUUGACAGCUCAAAAUUUGUAUUUACAGAUAUUACUUUUGGUGUAUCUGAUAAAAGGCGUAUAGUUGUGGUACGAGAACCUGAUGGAACACUCAGAAAAGCUAACGAGGAUGAACGUCAUGCUGUAAAUCAAAUAUAUUUCCCUCAAUCAGGAAGAGAAUUAAAGCAUCCAGUCAUGUUUGAUGAAACAAAUUUGAAGCCACUUCUUGAAAAUGGUGAUUAUGAAUUCAUAUUGGAUCGUGCAUGUUGUCAAUUUGAACCUGAUGAUAAAAACUAUCACCGUGUUGUAUUCAGAACAUAUAAGCAUGUUGAUGAAUCUAAAAAUUAUCAUGUUUUGGAGUCUACAAGACAUUUAGGACCAUUACUGUUUUACUUGGCUUUUAAUAAAAAGCCAGAUAACUUUUUAUUGUAUUGUCUACAAACCGAAAGGUUUAAUGAUAUAAUAUUAUUUAUACAAUUAUAUACAAAGUUAAAUCAAGGUCUGGAAACUGAAAUGGACGAUUCAAAAGACCAAUAUAAAUUAAUAGAGGAUUUCAUAAAUACUGAAUGUGUUGAUCAAGUAAAUCUGGAAGCAGCAUUAAAAGAUUAUACUACUAGAAAUAGUGAAAUAGCAUCUAAAACAAACUAAGUAUUAAGUGAUGUAUAAACAAAUUUAAUACUUUAUAAAAAAUAUAUAUAUAUUAAUUGAUAGGAAUAUUUUCUAUAAAGAUAACAUUUGAUGGUACUGUAAUGUAUAUACAAUUAUUAAACAUUAGUUUUCAUACUUGAAAAAAUAAACACAAAUGUUUGUUUAUGA